UAUCUUGACGAUUUAUCUAGUACUCGAACCGAUUUGCCAUGGCAGAAGAAUCAGCAGCAGUCGCCGCUCAAGCCGCAGCUAGCCCGAAGAAAGGAAAGAAAACAGCAGGUGGACCAAAGAAGCCCAAGUCAAAACCAACUCAUCCCCCAACUUCUUCGAUGGUGAACGCCGCCAUCAAGUCUCUGAAGGAACGUGGAGGUUCAUCCCUGCCUGCUAUCAAGAAAUACUUGGCCGCCAACUACAAAGUUGAUGUCACCAAAUUGGCUCCUUUCAUCAAGAAGUACUUGAAGAGCGCUGUUGUCUCUGGGAAAUUGGUGCAAACUAAAGGAAGUGGUGCCUCCGGUUCAUUCAAGCUCCCAGCGAAGGAGAAGAAGGAAGCAGCGGCUAAACCAAAGAAAGCAGCAGCAGCAAAGAAACCUAAAGCCGCCGCUAAGCCAAAGAAGACUGGAGAGAAGAAAGCAGCUAAACCGAAGAAGCCAGCCGCGGCUAAGAAAGCAGCAUCUGGUGCCGCAAAAGCAGCAAAGAAAUCUGGAAGUGUGAAAUCAAAGGCACCCAAAGAGAAGAAAGCAAAAGCUCCAAAAGUAGCUAAAAAGACAGCUGGAACAGCGAAGAAAGCAGCCCCAAAAAAGGCGGCAGCCAAGAAGUAA